AUGGGCUCCCGCGUCCGAGUUCUCAGUGUCACCCAUGUCCGACCCUCUGAAACCUCCAACCCAUUGACAGACAACGACGACCACGCCAUCAAGGUUUCGCUCUUCGACACCAUGUUCCUCCCCUACCAGCCGAUGCAGCGCCUCUUCUUCUACGAGGGCGACGACCUGCCGCCCGUCCCUGCCCUGCUCGGCACGCUGCAGUCCUCCCUGGCCGCUACGCUCGCCAUCUUCACCCCGCUAGCCGGCAACCUCGCGGUCUCCAAGUCGGGGGACGUCGUCAUCGACUGCUCCCCGGGCGCCGUCUCCCAGGGAUUCAGGUUCGUCGAGGCCGAGUACGCCGGCAGCACUGACGACAUGCGCCGCCUUGCCAGCGACGCCGAGCACGACGCCGAGGCGUACGCGCAGCUCGUGCCCACUGUCGUCGUCAGCGCGCUGCCGGUCCCCGCGCUGGCCGUGCAAGUGACGAGGCCCGCGGACACGGACGACGGAGGCGGGACUGGAGCCGUGGUGGUCGGCGUGUCCAUGUGUCAUGGAGUGGGCGACGGCCAGGCGCUGUGGGAGUUCAUCCGAGCUUGGGCUGCCGCGGCGCGGGACGGCUCGCCGGCCUUGCCGGGAUUCCUGCCGCCAGUGUUCGACCGCGCGGUGAUCAACCGCCACCCCAAGGCAGAGGCCAUGUCGCGCACGUUCCUGCGAAUCUUCGCGCCGGCAUUGCCAACGGUGAACGCAUUCCCAAAACCGGACACGACACUCCAAGGGAGAAGAACCUACCUGCUCAGCGCAAGCCAGAUCCGGUCGCUGAAGCAGCGCAUUUCACCGCAGAGCAAUGGCAAUCUCGCCGACGGCGAGCGCGCACCACCGGCCGCCGUAGCGAAGCCCCCGACCACCUACGCCGCCGUGGCGUCCCUGGUCUGGACGUCCGGCGUCCGCGCCAAGAACGCGCUGAGCCGCACCGACGACGACGCCUACCUCCUGUUCGCCGCGGACUGCCGCGCGCGCCUGCGCCCGCCCAUGCCCGCCGCAUUCUUCGGCAACUGCGUCAAGCUGUGCUACGCGAGGGCCACGGUCGGCGAGCUCAGGGACGGCGGCGCGGGCGCGCGCCGCGUCGGCGGUGCGGGAGGCGGUCCGUUCGUGCAGAUAGGGUCGUCCAACCGGUUCGCCGCGUACGAGAUCGACUUUGGCUGGGGCAAGCCGAGCCGGGUGGAGCUCGCGGCGGUGUUCGUCAGAGAGUUCGUGGCGGUAGUCGGGGCGGCGGACGGCGCAGUGCAGGUGUCCGUGGUGCUUGACCGGGGACGCAUGGACGGCUUCGAGGCCAACUUCUUGUCGCAGUUGGAUGGUUUGGAAUGA